AUGAGCCUGACCCUCAACAAUAUUGUUUCUUCUCUGCAGAGAAGUGGAACCUUUAUCAACUCUUUGAUUGCAGUGUUGACUAUUGGUGGACAACAGCUGUUCUCUUCAUUCACUUUCAGAUGUCCCUGUCAAGUAGGAAAAAACUUCUAUUAUGGUUCCGCCUUUCUUGUCAUUCCUGCUUUGAUCCUUCUGAUUGCUGGCUAUGCUCUGAGAAACCAAAUGUGGACAAUUACCAGUGAAUACUGCUGCAGCUGUGUCCCCCACCGCCGGAACAUCAGUCCCUUGGAGCGCAGCCUGGCUUGCCUUAGGAUAUUCAGCAUCACAGGGAGGGCGCUUGUUGCACCAUUAACAUGGCUGGCGGUGACCCUGCUGAAAGGCAAUUACUAUGAGUGUGCAGCAAGUGAAUUUGCAUCUGUGGACCAUUACCCGGAGUUUCAAAAUGUCACUGCCAGCAAACGAGAAGAGAUCCUAGCUGGCUUUCCAUGUGACAGGUCAACUCCUUCUAAUGUGAUCCUAGUAAGAGAUGAAGUAGCUCUUCAGCACAGGUACCAGUCACAAAUGCUGGGCUGGAUUUUGAUCACCUUGGCAACAAUUGCUACCUUGGUCUCCUGCUGUCUGGCAAGGUGCUGCUCUCCCCUCACCUCUCUGCAGCAUUACUACUGGACCAACCACCUCCAUAAUGAGAAAGAGCUUUUUGAACAAGCCGCAAAGGAGCACUCCAGGCUUCUCAUUGGGCAGCGCAUAAAGAAACUAUUUGGCUUCUGUCCCGGGAGUGAAGAUGUCAGACACAUUCGUAUUCCUUCAUGUCAGGACUGGAAAGAUAUUUCAGCACCUGGUCUUCUAUGCAUGGGUGACACCUCACUGGGGCACUAUAGCUUUCUUGGAGACAGGGUGGUUGAGGAUAAUGAAGACAAACCAGAUGGCAUUGAAUUAAAACCUUGAUAAUAGCACCUUUAACAAUUCAAGUUAUUUAACAGAUAUUUGACUUUAUGAUGAUGGAGUUUCAAUGCAAUCUCUUCAUCAUUUUCUCUCUCCAUUUAAUAUUUGUUGAUAGAAGUUCAUCCAAAAAUACUAUUUCAGAAAUCAGUUUGACAAUUGUGUCCAUCUCUCACUUUUUAAAAUUCAUUGAU